AUAAUCGAUGCAUUUCUUGUUUAUAACACUUAAAAAUGUAUCUAAGAAUAAACUCCCAACGAAAUUUGUUACAUUUUGUAUAUCAUCAUCAUCAUCAUUUUUAUAUUUUUGUGCCAAAAACCCGGUAUCCAUCUCUGUUGUAAUAUACUUACGAAACAUCAGGAAGAAAUUUCGAAUUUUGCCAAAAUUAAUUGGCCCUACUUCCAAAAACACCUUCAUUUCCAACUGUAUUAUUGUUACAACGCUUCCGGGUUCAUAUAUAGGCUAUAUAUAUAUACAUAUAUGUGUGUAAACAUGCAUAAGUUAUAUACUACAGCUCGACAAGUUGUUAAUUUUCCGUGCAAAAAAAAAAAAACAUAAAAAUAAGUUAAAUUUAGUGCUGUUAAUGGAUUAUAAAUGGUGCAUUUAAUGUUUUAAUGCAAGAAUAUUAAAAUUAAUUUAUUUUAUUUGUUUUAAAUAGAAAGGAAAAGAGGGAUGGAGGGGAUAGAAACAAAAGAAAAGAAUGAGAAGGGAAAGAAAAAGUGAAAACGCGACCCACCGAAUUACGUGUAAAUUUUGCAAUGCGGAUCGCAAAGGAAAAUAAUUGAGUGUCCCAGGAAUAUGGUAUUCGUAAGCAAAGCGUCAAACAGUCGCGCCAGUUUGGCCAGACGCCAACUGUGAAUGGGAGGGUUGGUAUGAAUGGGAUAAGCAAAGCCACACUUCUUGGCUUGGAUCGACCAUAGGCGCCACUUGGCUGAUCACAUGACUAUCGUGGCGUCAAUGUCAGUCUGGAUGGCUGAUCGUGACCUCACGUCUUAGCACGAUACCUGCACCAUUUGAACGGAAGAGGAGAGAGAGAGAGAGAGAGAGAGAGCUAAGGAAAUUCAGGCCAUUUGGACGAUUUCCAUGCAAAUGGCUACCACCUCUCUAAUUGGCUUCAUAGCGAUUUCGUUACUAUUUUUAUAUAUUAUAUUUAUCCAUACGUUAUCAGAAUUUUUUGAUAUAUGAUGUAAUUGAAGAAAUUAUAUUUAAUACAGCGAUUAAAAAUUCGCAAUGCAGAGGUACAUUGUUACCUUCUUCAUUCUCAUAGUUAUGACAGUCAACCAGAUGAGGACAGCUGGCAGGAAACGUAAAGAUAAGGAUGGAGAAGAACUAAGAAAUCAAGAUGUUGUAUUCAUAUCGUUUCUGAAUAAAGAAGAUAUUAGAAAUCAAUCACUCAAGGAUGAAAGUUCUUUCUAUGCCGAUUUAGAAAAUUUUGGUAACAUCGAAUUGGAAGGAAACAAAGUAACAAUAGUGGUUCCAGUUGAAGAAAUAAGAAGAAGAAAACGAAAAGGAUGUAGAAAUAAUUGCAGAAAACAUAGUAAAACAAGUACUACACAGAUGCAAAGCAAUCAUACGAGAAGACAGAAUACAGAUAGUAGUUUAUCAUUACUUAAACCACACGGAAAUCCAAUAGUAAUCAUGAAAGCAGAAAAAUUCAGGAAAGAUUGGUGCCGAACGGAAAGAGUUAAACACAAAAUAAGCGAACAAGGUUGUAAAUCGAAAAUCAUUACGAAUAACUUCUGUUAUGGUCAAUGUAAUUCUUUCUUCAUCCCACGACAGAUAAGAGGAAGAAAAGAUCUGAAUAACUUUCGUUCGUGUUCGUUUUGUCAACCCUCCAGUUCUAGAUGGAUUAGUGUAAUCCUUCAUUGCCCACAACUUGUACCACCAUAUAGGAAGAAAAGAAUAUAUCGAGUCGAUAAGUGCCACUGCAGUACAAAAAACAUCACGUAAUCGUGAUGUAAUUUUAGUCAUAAGAUUUUGUUUUAUGUGACAUGUUUUAGUGUCAAAAAAAAAAAUUUGUUAUACUACUGUUAAUAUAUAUAUUGACUUCCACCCCCCAACAAGUUAUAUUUUAUAAAAAAAAAAAAAAAAAAACAUUUCUGUUGAUUCGUGUUGUAAAAUUUGCUUAUUCAUCAAUAUUUAUUAUUGCUUUAUCAUUUAUUAUAUACAACAAUGUCGGGUGAUUAUUUUAUGUAUCGAUAAGCAGUAUUUUUAACUCUUAGAAGUUCAGACACCACGUUUUGUAUAAUACAGUCGACCCCCCCCUAUAACACCGUUUUAUAUGAAUUCCAUGUUGUACGAGUCACUUAGAUUUUACAAAUACGCGUG